AUGGCAACCUUCACUCCCCGUACCCGCUUCCUGUCCCAUCUCUACCGCCCCCGUCUACACCAUCGCAUCUAUCAAGUUCGAAAUGUGCCACCGAUCCACCGCUCCCAACACACCCACACUCACGCCCCGCCAGAGCCCAUCCGCCUAAAACUCCCCCCAACCCUCUCCCUCUUCAUCGCCGCUUCGGGACUAAUCUAUUACGCCGCAACCCUCCACAUAUCACCGCAACCAAAGAACCUAAACCCCCAGACUUUCACCGCGUACACCCUCACCUCAAAAACCCCCGUCGCGACGUCUCCGCCCAGUCACACUGCAAUAUUCAGCCUACGCCCCGAGCACCCCCCGGGUCAGCAAUUGCCGUUCACCGAGGGGAUACUCUCGGUGCAGGUCAAGCAGCCGCAGUUGCAAAUCGCCAGGUCUUACACCCCGCUACCCAGUAAUCCCGGAGAAGAGAAGGAUGGGACUCUGAGGUUUCUGGUAAAGCUGGAGCCGGGCGGGGAAGUGACGAGGUAUCUUUUCUCAUUGGGCCUCCAAGAUAAAGUUUUCCUUCGAGGGCCAAUGGUGGAGUACACUUUCCCGCCAGUGGGUGAAGUGGAUAAGACGUUGUUCAUUGCCGGGGGCACGGGGGUUGCGCCCGCGCUCCAAUUAGCUGCCAACUCGCUCACUCCGGAGACGGAGAUCUUUUGGGCUGUGCGGAGCAGAGCGGAAACGGAGGGCGCUAUGGCGGAGGAGGUGGAAGACUUAGUGCGGAAGACCGGAGGUAAGGUCUCUGUAAAGGUUUUUGUGGACGCGGAGGGUGGGAUUGGGAUUCAAGAUGUGGAGAGGGGAAUGGAAGGGGGCAAAGUUGCUGUCGUAGUAUCCGGGCCAGAGGGGUUUAUCAAGCGGGUCGCCGGGGAGAAGACGUGGAGGGAGGGGCGCGAGGAGCAGGGAAAGUUGGGGGGCGUGGUUAGGAAGGUUCUUGAGAAGAGGGGUGGGGAGGUGAGAGUUUUCAAACUUUAAUUGGAGGGGAAUUAGCUUACAUAUUGAAUUUGUGCCUGGGGGGUGUAUAAAUGGUUGUAUGUUUGUCUAUAGAAGCUGUUUUAGUACGAUACCACUUGACGUAAAGGAUCCAAGCCGGUCCCAAAGAGGUUUGCUUAUCAUGCGGAUGCUAGACAGCAAAGUUAGCGGUUACAAUUCAUAGAAGAAAAAAAUACCCAUAACCCAAUGGCCAUUUCCCUAACAAUGGACGACUACUAGUACAUAAGCUAUAGUCCACACGUGAAUUUUCACAACACAAUCUUUUCCACCGUAUGAUACCAUAUCCAUCCGCAAAUACCCCCUCACUAGAACCUUUCCACCGAGACGCAAAAAAAAAACAUUCCAUC